AUGGGGAGAGAGGGAGAGUUUGUGCUGCCGUGUUGGAGAGGGGCGAAGGUGGAGGGGGUCCGGACACCUCACACAAGCCCCCUUUGUGCUCAGAGUGCAGCGGUUCUGAAGCAGGCCAAAGGGGGCAGCUGUGAGGGGAGCUGCAGGAGGUUACAGCGGACUGAAGCGGAGACGCAGUGCGAGGAAAUGAGUUCAUAUGGAGCAGAGAAGCCAGGAUUUGGGCACCUUUAUAGGCAGUCCCAGGACGAGCCACGGCGGGCCCUGUCUAAGUCCUGUUAA